AUGGUGCGCGCAGGUUCACGAGCCCCCUCAGUGGGGCAGAGUGCGGCAGCGAAGAUCCGCGACAGACGCAAAAAGACCUAUAAGGUCCAACUCGAACAUGUUAGGACCAAGAAGAAGAAACUCAAGCUACACGUCUGCUCUGCAAGGCCGAAAGAAGGCUACACCUUUCUCCCUGUUGGCUACGCCGAUCUAGCCGAGCGUUGUAAAGAAAAAUCAAGACAACUAGGCGUCGACGUAGCUGUUGUCUCUGCUGGCACGAGACGCAAUGGACCUACCGACCCUCAAAAGCUAACCCACCACGUACACCGCGUGGGUUACCAUUUCCGUUCCGACAUCUUUGACCAGGCCUGCAACUUCCUAGGCUACCGAGAGGUCAAUGGUAAGCUGAUACGCGAUACUGGUUUUGACACCACUUCUCGAUUUGAGCGCACAAUUGCACGCUUUGCUCCUCGCCUUGAGCUCAACGCCAACAAUCGAUCGACCGAACAGAGUACCAAAGUCAAGGAAUACAUUCGUGAACUCUUCCCAAAAAUCCCCGAAGAAGACCUCGAAGAAAUCUACAAGCGCGCAUGGGAGCAGGGCACCACGACCGUAGGUAAUGCAUCUGACCUAUCGCUGUCUAGACAGGUACAGUUGGCCACGAUAGCUCGCAUCAGGCACACGUACACCGACUACGAUAAGCUGCUUAAAUUGGUUUCCUGGAAGGAAGCUCGCCAAAUCGUCGAGCCCAUGUCACUCACGAAGCUGAUCGAGUGGCGUGGAGAGAACGACAAUGACACCGAGGACUUUGAAGACAUCCUUCGAGAGACCAUUGUCAUCGAUGAUGAUGAU